AUGGCAGAGUGGGAUACAAAGAGAGAGCGUUGGGGCCGACCAGAGGAGAUUGUAGAGAGAUUGGAGAGAGCGAUAGGUGGUGCCUUGAUGUGGGAUGCACUGAGGGAGAUACGGUACAUGGCCAAGGAGGCCGAGUACUACAGGCAGUUAUAUGAGGAUGGAUUAACUACGAUGAUGGAAUCAAGAUGUAUAGAAAGAAUCAAGCUCAUAGAAACACUUGCUAAAGAAUUGCCUAAGGGGACUAUUAGAUUCAGUUCCAAAGUUGUUUUAAUAAAUAAGAAGAACCCAUCUUCUUUAACCUCACUAAAACUUGAAGAUGGACAAUCUAUUACAACAAAGAUAUUAAUAGGUUGCGAUGGAGUUUACUCAUUAGUUGGGAGUUUCAUGGGUAUACCACCAGGAAAGUCUUCAGGACGUAUUGCUAUUCGAGGCAUGGUGACAUAUGCAGAGAGUCACCAGUUGGAAAAAUUCCAUUCACAAGUUUGGGAUAGAGGAUUAAGAGCAGGAUUCAUUCCUUGCACAGACAAACAAGUUUAUUGGUUUUUAACAAGAAGAUCAAAACUUCAAGAUGCAAAUAUCUCUGGUGAUGCUGAAAAGAUUCGACAUGCAACCUUAGACAUGGUCCGUCAUUUUCCAAAGCCCUUUGCAGAAUUGAUAAAAGCAAGUCCAACAGAAUCCAUUAGCUAUGUAGAUAUGAAGGUGAGGUUGGUGUGGCCAUGGAUGAAGCUCCUACCUGGCACAUGUUCUAGUUUGGAGGAUGCAAUAGUGCUUGGAAGGUGUCUUGGAGAAACUAUGAAAAGCAUAAACACAGUACAAUGGGGAGAGGAAGAAGAGAAAAAGAUAGAACAGUGUUUCAACAAAUACUUGCAAGAGAGGAGAUGGAGAGUGUUUACCCUUGUUAAUGCAGCAUUAAUCAUAGGAAUUGUGAAUGAAGGAUCCUCUAAACUCAUUCAUUUUGCCCGUGAUAAGAUUUUAUUUCCCUUGUUCUCUGUGUCAUAUUUAAGGCAUUUUGCAGACUUUGACUGUGGAAAUCUGAAAGCCAAAUACUCCUGA